AUGGCUCCCGCUAGGAAGAAACCUUCAAAGCCACGCAAAUCCCCGAAGAACCCUAAGAAGACCCAACCCAAGCACGAUUCUGGCUCCGAAUCCGAAGAAGACACGGUGCCGCAGCUGCAACCGCAGCAACUUGAACUUGGCGACGACAACUCCGAUUCCGCGUCGGAGCUCUCUUCCGACGGGGACGACCCCUUAGCCGACGAUUUCCUCCAAGGAACCGAUGACGACGAAGGGAAAGCCUCAGGUUCCGGUUCUGAUUCGGAUGAUUAUGAUAUUGAAGAGAAGUCGAGAGCUAUUGAUGAAGAGAAAGCGAGAGAGGAAGAGGAUGCAGAGGCCGAAAUGCAACUCAAUAUCAAUCAAGAGUCUGAUGAGUUCAGAUUGCCAACCAAAGAGGAACUUGACGAAGAGGCUUUGCGUCCACCUGAUCUUUCGAAUCUCCAAAGGAGGACUAAAGAGAUUGUUCGAGUUCUUUCAAAUUUUAAGGUUUUGAGGCAAGAAGGGGCAACGAGAAAAGAUUAUGUUGAACAGCUUAAGAAAGAUAUUUGUACGUACUAUGGCUACAAUGAAUAUCUAAUCGGUGUUCUAGUGGAGAUGUUUCCAGUUGUUGAACUUAUGGAACUGAUUGAAGCCUUUGAAAAGCCACGCCCUAUAUGUCUGAGAACUAACACAUUGAAGACACGAAGAAGGGAUUUGGCAGAUGUGUUGAUAAAUAGGGGAAUUAAUUUGGAUCCUUUAAGCAAAUGGUCAAAGGUUGGACUUGUUGUGUAUGAUUCUCAAGUGCCAAUUGGUGCCACUCCUGAGUAUAUGGCUGGUUUCUACAUGUUACAAAGUGCGAGCUCUUUUCUGCCUGUCAUGGCCUUGGCUCCUCAAGAGAAAGAACGAGUUGUUGAUAUGGCAGCUGCACCAGGUGGUAAAACAACUUACAUUGCUGCUCUAAUGAAGAAUACUGGAAUCAUUUUUGCAAAUGAAAUGAAGGUGCCAAGGCUUAAGUCUUUGACUGCAAAUUUGCAUCGUAUGGGUGUAUCUAACACUGUAGUCUGUAACUACGAUGGAAAGGAGCUUCCAAAAGUUUUAGGUGUCAAUGCCGUUGAUAGAGUAUUAUUGGAUGCCCCUUGCAGUGGAACUGGGGUUAUAUCCAAAGAUGAGUCUGUGAAAACCUCUAAAAGUUUGGAAGAUAUACAGAAAUGUGCGCAGCUACAGAAGGAGCUCAUUCUUGCGGCAAUUGACAUGGUGGAUGCUAAUUCAAAAUCUGGGGGAUACAUUGUUUAUUCGACAUGCUCAAUCAUGGUUGCUGAGAAUGAAGCAGUUAUUGACUAUGCACUUAAAAAGAGAGAUGUUAAACUGGUUCCCUGUGGACUUGAUUUUGGGCGUCCAGGGUUUAUAAGGUUUAGGGAACAACGUUUUCACCCUUCUUUGGAAAAGACAAGGCGUUUCUAUCCUCAUGUACAAAAUAUGGAUGGUUUUUUUGUUGCAAAGUUAAAAAAAAUGAGCAGCUCAAAGCCUGGUGCAAAAUCAACAGAAAUAGCUGAGGAGGAAGAAGGUACUACUACGUUGGAGAAAGAAAACGAGAAAUCAAAUGAUGGCAAGAAAGAAAAUGGCAAUGCAACUUUUGAAUCCGAAUCCAAUAAGACGAAAAAAAGAAAGUUCCCCUCGAAAUCAGUUAACGGUCUAAAAGUAAAUGGCAAAGAAUCUUCUGAAUCUGAGCCCAAAAAGAGGACCAAAAGGCAAUUUCCAUCCAAGGAAGAGAUUUCAAAAGCCAGGGAGGAGAAGAGAAACGCUUUAAGAGAAAAAAAGAGAACAAGUAGUAAACAAAAGAAGCAAAAAAAGACCAAAGCCAAUGGCAAUGCAUGA